GGAGAGGAACGGCAAGAAAUCAGAGAGUAGGAGGAUAGAGGAGAGUGGGGCCGGGGCUAAUGAGGGAGGAGAUGGGAAAGGAAAAGAGGGGACAAAGGGAGGGAGAGGAGGGGGAAAACUGCGGAGUUCAGUCACUUCCGCACCAUGUGAGUUAACGGGACUGAAGCUCAUUUGCUCCCGGUUGAAGCCCGCAUCCUUCGGGAUAAAGCAGCAGCCACGCACAGCAGAGGCUUCCAUCGGACAGAGGAAGCGGCAUACAGCGAUAGCGGCAGCGGGCACACAGCGGAGCGUCAGCUGCUGAAGGUACGGACAAUCCGCCGACACAGAGCGCGGACCUUCCGCGAACAUGACAGCGGACGUGGCGGUGUCUCUGUCGGUACUCGCGGGGAUCAUCGCGCUGAGCGACGCGACCCGCAGAUUGAUGACCAGGGCCCUCGUGGACACCGGGCUCUCCGUGUACGCGGUGGAGCUCGUGUCCACCUUCCAGCUGUGCUGCUGCACGCACGAGCUGAAGCUGCUGUCCGAUGUGGGCGGGAUCGAGCCUCGCCUCGCGCUCACCUUCACAUACAUGGCGGCCGUGGGCCACGCGCUCACCUUCGGCGGGGCCAUCGGCAACCCCUCCGCAACGCUCGAGCACGCGUACCACGCGAGGUUGUCGGGCGGGUGCGCCCUGCGGCGAAUCGCGUGCCAGUUUGCCGCGGCGACCGCCGCGCGAGCCGCGGUGCCGGCGAUUUGGGGUGUCGGGUUGUCGGGACUACACGCGCGGCACAAGCUGCUCGGCUACAGGUGCAUCAGCGCCAUCCGCGCUCCGCUGCCCAAGGCCGCCGCGGUGGAGCUCGCGUGCGCCUUUGCGGUUCAGACCGCCAUAACGCACACGCGACCGGUGGAGGAGAAAUACCGCGUGCACGCGGUGGCUGCGGUCAUCACGAUAGUGGUUUAUGCAGGUCGCAGUGUGACAGGAGCAGUGUUCAACCCGGCGCUGGCCUUCUCCACACAGUUCUCCUGCAGUGGAAACUCCUUCCUGGAGUACUGCCUGGUCUACUGGCUGAGCCCGCUGCUGGGUAUGAUGAGCUCAGUGCUGCUGUUUGAUAAACUCGUCCCUCUGCUGUCGGGGGAGUCUGCGUCUCUCCAUCUCCCCCUAGAGACCAAGAAGAGGACAUGAGCAACGUGGACAUUUCAAACCCAGACCACAUGUGGUGGAUGUUUACUGACACACUGUUAAACCACAGCUGAUUCUAGUCACAAGUAAGACAAAUAAUCAGAGCACUGAUAUGCACUUUCUUUUGUUUAAGACUUCAAGACCUCAAGAGCACAUUGUAGAAGCUAAACAGAAAACUAACUUAGCGUCUCAUUUUAGUGUUCUUCGUAAGAUAGAUCUCAUUUACAAAGCAUGCGCAAAUUUAUUGACCAAUUUUUUACUUGGUCAAACAUGUAAAAAUCAUUUAGUUUUCACUCAUCUGAUUUAAAAAUCCUUUAGAAACAUCAACACUUCUGUUUUUCGGAUCACCACCCCGGAGCCAAAAUCACCUCUGCAACUGUUGAAAUGACACGCUGGAAAUGUCCAAUAUCUGUCAGUGAAACAUACAUUAACAAAGGGUUUGCCCUACUUGCAUGACUUUUAGGCAGAUUACAGCAUGUCGAUCUCAAUCCUGCAAACAAAUAUUGUAGUUGCAACAAUUUACUGGAGCUAAUUCACUAAUUAAUCAACCGAAAUAUGUAUAGUAGAAAGUUGAGAAUUGGAUGUUCCGAGUAUGAUAUGGCAAUAAACUUUAUUUGUAUAAUCUUUUCAUAACACAUUUAAAAAGUGCUUAACAGAGAAAAUGUAUCUUUUUUAAUUUGUGUUUAUACUUAAUGUGACAAGCACAGUGUAGGAAUGUACAGUACACGGGUCCAUGUACGCACAGAUACAACUGGUGCCUUUGAAUUCUCUGUAAAAAGCUGGAAAGGCAGAUUAAACCCUCUUGACGGACCCCAUUUUGAAAUAAUGAUUGAUUGCUCAGUGAGGUAGCAAAUUGCAACCGACUGAAUCCCGCUCCACAAGUGUGUCAGAGAACUACGGUGGCCUUCAGGUAACACAAAACACGUGAAAGUUUUGUGGUUUGUCCGUUCUGGGCUACCAUAGCAAUAUGGCGGUGCAGCAUGGUGGACUCCGUGAAGAGGACCCGCUCCCUAAGGGCUCAUUCUAAAGAACGCUAAAGAAAUCACAAUUCUUGGUUUCAGGUGAUUAUACAGUCACGAAAACAUAGUUAUAUAUCAUUUCUGCCAAUACAUCCCCCUAAAUCCUACACACUGCUCCUUUAAGCGUCAGUUAUACCCACAGACGGACAGUAUGUGCAUGCAGAGUGCUACUGGUCCACUUGUGGGACGCGUUCCACACACAUUACGCAGGUUGCUAUGCUACCACUUUUGGUGUACAUAUUGGCGGUACAUGGAUGUCUGUACAGAACCUUUGCGUACACCCUCUUAUGACAAAACCUACGUCUUGGGGACCAUCGCAUACUCGUAGACGUGGAAAGCAUAACUUUAGCUACAAGCUACUGAGUCCUACGUCGCCACGUUGAGGGAUUCUCAAAAACUUUUGAUUUUGAUUUGUUUACGCGCAAAGAUUGGUAGCAGCCGGUGGCUCAGAUUGCACAAAAGGGUAGCGCUAUGAUGUCUCAUGUUACAGGGACUGUGAGAAAUGCAAAUGCCACUGCUGGGAUUGCAUAUAAACAUUUUACUUAGAUUUAUGCAUAUGGUGGUGUUCUUUAUACUAUUAAAAUGUUCCUAAAAUUAAGAUUAAAAAAAUAAAUCUAUAUUAAAUGGUAACCCCUGUAUCACGCUACGCAUCGUAUGGCCAGAUUCUCUCCAAUGCACAGCCCUACUUGCACCACCCUUCCCCCCUCGUAUUGUAUUAUAUAACAUAUUGUUGGUUAAGGCUUUUAACCCUCGAUAUAAACAGAAUAAAUUGAACAAAAACAAAAGUGAUACAAAAACUAUGCAUUUAUUGACAUUUUAAUACAAAGACAUUCGUUUUCCUCUACAGGAAAAUCUGAUAUUAAACUGGUCGUUAGGUAGAAAACAGAAACUCAGAGUUUUGUUUUUACAGUUAACAACAGGACCUGGCCUUUCAGGGCUGCAUCUCAAUAGUCUACAGUAGCUGAUCUGACUGUUUACUGCAAACUUUAUUCAUAUGGUUUGGACAAAUUAGUAGAGAUGAAUAUGAGCAGAAAAAACAACAAAAUGCAACACGUGAGCUCUGAUACAACGAGAGGAAAUGUAGCAAGCGACAAAAAAAAAAGACUAGAGAGAUGACGAUGAGUACAUGGGGAAAAGGUUUGUUUGAGAAGAGAGUACAAGUAAGAGCUUUAGAGAAGUGCUGCUGUCCUCCUCCAAUCCCAUGAUGCAACACUGCAUCAGUGCUUCAACUGGCCGCUGAGACGCCUUCCAUCUACAGAAAGAGUCAGAUAACGCGUGAAUGAACCAGACCGCUCACAUUCUCAUCACUCGUGUGUUUAAAAAGAUGGUUUUGAGGUUGUAUCAUCAUUUUAAGGUUCUGUUGUUGCUGCUGCUUGUGUUAUAUUUUAUUACACGUUAAAGUCUCACUGUUGUCGUUACCAGUGCUCGACGUCUGCGUCCUCAAACUGACCGGCCUCCAGCUCUGCUGCAUCCACCUCCAUACCGUCUGCAAACGACAACAAGCACACUCAAUUUUAACAGCAUCCCAUAAACAAAAUCCAGUGAGAUCAGCUGUUGUGUUUUUCUUUUUCACUGCAGAUAUGUGUAACAGAACACAACAAAGCCUCCAAUAGUCUUGGGUUUCCUUCAGAUCUCGGUCAAGCUAAAUUUCUCAGUUUAUCACAGAAUUCAAACAAACUAUUGAGCGCUGGAAACGUUUCCUUCUCUCUACGAUUUUUUAACUGUAAAUCAGGCGUCAACCUCUGAAAAGUGAAGCCAAUGCGGAAAUGUCUUAAAACUUACAUUCUCUCUAAUGGCCAGCAGGGGGCGACUCCUCUGAAUGUAUAGAGGUGUGUUGGACCCUCCAUUGUUUAAACAUGAUUAUGGGGCUGCUAUUAAAACCUUAUGCCACACUUAUGCACGCUACAGCACGGCUCUACUUUGGUUUUCCAUGAGCAAAUCCUGCAGAUAGUAUCUGGUACGUAUUUAUUGUACCACCUUGGUCGAGUUUCCAAGUGAGCUGGAGCCGACACUACAAGGUGGAGUUAAAACACUGCAGACUACUGAUCAAAUACCGCAAUAUUUGUUUAUUCACUCGACCCAGAUUAAAAAUAAAUAAAUAGCAGCCCAAGCUGGUGGCAAGCUGUGAGAGCAAAGAACGCUGACCACAG